CGGCUCCCAGAUUUCUAUCACACACCACCAUGGUCACCUCCGCGAUUCUUUUCCCACUCUUCGCACUCCACAUUCUCACUCAUGCAGCGUCACCUCUCACCCGUCGCCAAUCUCCCUACAUGACCGUCAAGACCGAAACGGGGUUGACAUGGUGCCGACCAUAUGCUGACGAAAUGGAUCACGAGCUCGUCGACUUCUACGACUCAACCCCCAUCAAUAUAACCUGCUGGACUACGACCACGAUGCCAGACUCGAAAGGAAUUGUUGGCGGCAGUAAACUCUGGUUAUGGGCGGCCAAUGUGACCAACAGCGAGAAAGGUGGGGUGUUAGCAAAAGGAGUAGGAACUGCACAGACGACGCAGUACGGAUGUUGGAUUAGCGAGACGUACCUCAUAGCUGGAUCUGCGGAUUUGAAGAAAGAUUUAAAGUCUUGUGGGCAGGCACCUCAGCAUCAAGUAUUCUUCCCCAAAAGCAAUAACGGCUUUACUUGCCAUGCCUGCACCGAUCUUGACAAGCCGGCUUGCCAACGGAGCUGGAACGCAACAGGUGGGAACACACCUAUCACUCCCGGUGCUGCAUAUGUGGGAUACAUGUCAACAGGGUGUUGGAAGGAUGGGACAAAAGUAAAUGGGAAUAGCACAUGGGUUAAACUAAGGGAUGAAGACUGUUACAUCAGCCCUGAUCAGCCUGAUCAAAAGGAAUGGCAUGGAAAUCCGGCAGCGAAAAAUCCUUCCAUCCACGGAUGGAGUCUUGAAACUAGUCCCCGUAAAACGCUAACCGUUACAAUUGGCCCUUGGGCGGUUUCUUUGCCUUUCUAUGCCCCGCCCUCAAGGUCGAACUUCACUUCCCAUCAUCUUGAAAUGCUAUCUUGGAUGUCGAGUCUUGUUUUCACAAAGGGUCUUUGAAAGUCGUGGCAGAAGCAUCAUAGAACCCCUAUCCAAAGGCACGCUGUCGCGGAGGUGAGCUAGGACCUGUCAUAUUUCGUUAAGGGGUGAGAGCGGGGAAUGGAGCGGCGAGGGACAUGUACAACAUUCGUACGCGAGCAUUGCUGUAAGCGUCCAAGGCUUUCGGUCCAUCUUCGCUCUAUGGCGAUGUCGGUGUGGUGUAGCUCGAAGACUAAUUUAACAACUAUGUUGGCUCCUCUGCAUCCAUUCCGCAAUUUAGAACUGCGCUGCCUUCGACCCGGGCGGAACGUAAGGGCUUGAGUCGUGAAAAUAUCUUAUGAACUACCUUGGACAUCAAUAGUAUAUCCAUGGCAGUAGUCUAGGUAGUGGUCUAGGUAGUGGUCUAGGUAGUGG